UUAAAUGCUAGAUAUCCUGCUACCUGUCCGGAACAGGUUCUGAAUCCUAGUCAUAUUAGUGAUUUGAUUUUCUCCCUCUGCCACCUCCGUUUACUCCUUAUCACUCUACCACUCCCCCGCCCCUCAUGACUGAUGCUUUCCCUAAAGCCCUGGCUGGGCCCUCUUCCAAAGAAAGAAAAUAUGAUCGUCAACUACGGCUAUGGGCUGCAAGCGGACAGAAAGCUCUAGAGGAGUCUCGUGUUCUCUUAGUUAACUCUGAUGGUCCAUGGAGCAAGCAGAGUACUGGCGUAUCAGGCGUAGUGGGAGUUGAGACGCUGAAGAACCUGGUCUUGCCUGGAAUUGGAGGGUUUACAAUCGUGGACCCUGCUACUGUCACUGAGGCAGACCUCGGAGUCAAUUUUUUCCUUGAAGAAGAGAGCCUAGGGAAGUCCAGGGCCUCGGAGACCUGUCGGUUGCUGAAGGAGCUGAACCCAGACGUAGAAGGGAACUUCCAAUCGAAGCCGAUCAUACAGCUUCUGGAAGAGGAUCCCGAUUUCCUCGCACAGCAUAGGCUGGUGUUAGUAUCUGGUCCUAUGAAGCGAUCCUCCUUGGAUGCUCUUGGCAAGGCCGCUAGAGAGCUGGAUAUCGCAGUGCUAUAUACACGCUCUGUUGGAUUCUACUCGACUUUCUCUCUUCAACUACCGGCUUUGUUUCCCAUAGUAGAGACUCAUCCAGAUCCGGAGACAACUCAAGAUCUCCGCCUCCUCAAUCCCUGGCCAGAGCUGGCAGAAUCGACUUCUCGAAUUGAUAACUUAGAGGGUUUGGAUGACCACCAACACGGUCAUGUCCCAUACCUAUUAUUACUUCUUCACUACCUCGAGAAAUGGAAGGAAACACACAAUGGCAAUGUUCCAACCAAUUACAAGGAGAAGUCUGAAUUUAGGGAGAUGGUGCGCUCGGGCGCAAGGACGAGUAACGCUGAAGGCAGCGAAGAGAACUAUGAUGAAGCUGUUGCGGCAGUAUUGAAGUCAUUGAACCCCUUUAGCUUACGCAGCUCAACCCGUGAGAUCUUCGAGAUGGAAGAAUGCAAAAACCCCCGGCCGGAUUCGGCUGAUUUCUGGAUUAUCGCAUCUGCGGUCCGUGAAUUUUUCCACCAGCACAAUGUGCUGCCUCUCCCGGGCUCACUGCCCGAUAUGAAAGCCCAGUCGGCAGACUACGUUUCUCUACAGAACAUCUACAAAACGAAGGCGAGGAAAGACGUCGAGGAGGUUACAAAUAUAGUUAGAAAAAUCGAGUCCCAACUAGAGUCUCGGCCCGGUGAAAUUCUGGAGAAGGAUAUAGAGGUUUUUUGCAAGAACGCUGCUCACAUCAAGGUUAUUCAUGGCCGCAGCAUCCCCAAAAUUGAUGGGGAAGCAGAGGCUCUUAGGGCUAUCCGAAACAGUAUAAGCACCCCUGAGUCUCUCAUUCCUAUCUUCGUUGCUUUCCAAGUCCUGGAUAAUAUCGUCACCGACAUCCAAGAAGGAAAGCUCCCCGGCGAAUCAAUUGACGACGAAGUGGCGUGGAAUGCGCAGUCUAAACGUGUCCUCUCUGCCCUGAUACACGACAAUCAAUUUCAAAUUGAUGAAGAUGCACAAGAGCGCAUUGUGGAAGCUACCCAAGAGCUGCGCCGGACAGAAGGCGGCGAGCUGCAUAAUAUCUCCUCAUUGACCGGCGGCCUAGUCGCUCAGGAGGCGCUCAAGGUUAUCACAAGGCAGUAUGUGCCAUUGGACAACACGUGUAUCUUUGACGGAGUCCGAAGCCGGACCGAGAUGUAUAAGUUGUAGUAGAGUUGUGCAUUUAAUUGAGACGGCAAUGGCAGACUUAGU